AAAAUUGCCCACCCACCCAUCAAAAAAAUAAUGGUCUGUCCCUUAGCUUCCUAGGGUUGUCUCUCUUACUCCCUGGGUAAAUAAUGGCUGUACAACACUUUUUCAUAUUGACAAGAAGAAUAAUUUACUGAGUUUUAAUAGGAGAUGCUGUAUGGAAGUUGCACGCUCCGGGUCAUGGGCUCCUGGUUUUAAAGACAAUUUUUAUUUGGGGCUAGUUGACCUGGGGGCUAAACGAUCUACGUUCAUAGAUUUGCGAUGACCUCCUCUCCCUCUGUGCUAUCCUUUUGUGCUUCAUUGUUUGUUUGGAACCCAGGCUGCUUAGCCCUGCCAGCCCGAGGAGGCCUGGGGAAGAGGCUUCCAAAUGAAAACAGUCAACUCGGUAAUAAAUCCUCUACCUCAAUGAAUUAGCUACCCGCUUAAUCGCAGAAAAUGAGCUCGUUCUGUGAAAGAAAACUUUCAGAAGAAGAUCUACUUGGCUGUUGGGAGAUAGUGUCCUGUAAGUUGUCGGAUGAAUGUUACUCGGCUGUUGAAGGUGUACAAUUUCACCUGGAGGAAGGAGGUGAUCUGAUCUGGAUAGUGCCACCUGCUUUAGAACAAGAAAGUCUUCCUUUCUUCUCCUGUGAAACAUUUGUGUUUGACAGUUUCUCAGGAGAGUUGGUUUGUUAUGGCAACAAUGUUGAUAAAAUUGCAUUGAAAGUAAGUAAGCUAAUAACACGAGAAUAUGAAGACAUGAUUGAUCAUUGCAGUUAUAUGCACAACUUAAGCAGCUGUGAAAUGUAAGGCCGAAAAAAAAAAUGGGCUUGAAUGGGAUUUGAACCCAUUGACCUCUGUGAUACUGGUGCUCUACUAACUGAGCUAUUGAGCCAACUUGGAGCUGGUCACGUUUGAGUUCUUGAUAUACCCAUAGAAGGUGAAGAAUCAAGUCUUCAUUCUUCCUUCCUUCUUUUGCACCUGUCAACUCCUUCCAAGUCAAAUAUGUGUGAUUUUUGUGUCCCAUAUAUUUCCUCAAUUUUCUGAAAAAAAUUUGACAACUUUCUGACAUUAUCAAAGAGUUCCGACAACUUCUGAAGAUUACUGAAGAUUCCAAAGAUGUUCUAAUGAAUUUUCAAGGUCGCUGAAUGUAGCACUGAGUAGCAACAAAUCAUAAUACUAUCUUAUCUUUUAGCUUGACAUUUGGCACCAUUUUGGGUGGAAAUUGCAUUCAAUUUUUCAUGUUAAUGAUUACUUAACAAGUAGUCUGAAAUUGUGUGUCAAGGGUGUGAAAUGGUCAUGUAUGCAUGUGAUCAAGGUUUUUUUUAUCUGCAGCAGACUUUUAGCCAGAUGGGCUUCUAGGCAUCCUUUGCACGGCCACUUAACAAAAUUGUGCUAUUUUUCAUAAUUAUGUUGCCUUGAGGCAACAUAUGUUAAGUUGAACAGGCCCUAUAGCACAUUUUGGACAGCCACUUUUCAAAUCCUGGCUAAAAGUCUGCUCUGCAGGCAAGUGACACACAUAGUGCAUGUGAACUUGCAGCUCUAUUCUUUACUUCCUCAAACAUCCUUCCUUCUUUCCUCGCUUUUUGUAAUACUGUGGAACCCGCCUUACGGCCACCCCAUUAAUAUGGUCACCUC